AUGGAGUGGAGUAAAUCUAUAACAACAGAUUUCAUUGAGUUGUACCAUUCCAAACCAUGUUUAUGGAAAAUAAGCUCUGUUGAGUAUAAGAACAAAAAUUUAAAGUCAUUAGCUUAUAAUGAACUUAUGGAAUUUCUCAAAUCUAAAGGAUUGGUUAGUGCCACAGUAAGAGAAGUUAAAUCUAAAAUUCAAAACAUCAGAAGAAUGGUUAGAAAGGAAAGAGCAAAAGUAGAAGCAUCUAGGAGAAGUGGAAAAGGUACAGAUGACCUGUAUACUCCAACAUUGUGGUAUUAUGAUCUUUUAUCUUUUGCUAAUGAUAUGGACCCACUACCAUCAAUUGAUAAUCUAGGAGGUACUAGCGAUUAUAGUCAUGAAAUAGAUGAAGAAAAUGACUGUAACAAUUUAGAUUUGACUGACAUAAUUCACAAUGUUCUGAACAAGAUUUUGACAGUGACAUAUCCAAUACAAAUGAUGGUCAAAAUCAUGUAA